CUAAAGCGUGGAGUUCAGGAAAACUACGAGAGAGUUGAGUGGGAGCACGAAGAAAUUGCUAAAUAAAGUUUUCGUCACGCAGGACUAUGCCAUCAUACGCGCUCAAUCAGUUCAUUGAUCUGGAUGAUGUCCUGUGCAAGCACCUUUUAAAUCUUGAUCUUCGAGAGCCAAUGAAGACCUCUGCGCACACAGCCCCUGUUGGAUAUAGGAAGCCUGACAGUCCCUGCACACUUUCCUCUGGCGGUUCAGGACUUUCUAUUGACAGCAUAGAGAGCGGAACCAUGAACGCAAACUACUGGGCUGCCCAGAAAGUAUCUUCCCAAUCACACACCAAAUGGAGCCGGAUGUCAUUUUGGUCUGAGCGCUCCGUUAGCAUGGUGGAGGGUAACGCUGGAGGCCUGGGAUGGUCAUCUGCCGAAGCUGGUCAUCUAAAGCAAACUGCAGUCACAUCAGGUGCUGCUUCCUUAUCCAGCUCCUCGUCUUCUAUUUCUGCCACUUCAUCACGAUACAAGACUGAACUGUGCCGCACAUUUGCUGAAAGAGGCGUGUGCAAAUAUGGCGGAAAGUGUCAGUUCGCGCACGGUCCUGAAGAGCUGCGAGAUCUCAACAGACACCCGAAAUAUAAGACCGAACCCUGCCGUACUUUCCACUCUAUUGGUUUCUGCCCGUACGGCAUUCGCUGCCACUUUGUGCACAACGCCGAAGAUGAUCAACCACAGUCCCGACCCCAGACCUCCAACCCAACAGUCCAGCGGCCUCCGCUGCUCAAGCAGAGCUUCAGCUUCGCAGGAUUUCCAACAACUCCACAACCACUAGAAGCCCCGCUCGCCUCUUCCUCAUUCCUCCGCGCACCCUCAGUUUCGACGCCUACAUCCACUGCCAUUUCUGACCUCCUCUCGCUGGCCUUCCCAGAUAUUGACCCAAACACUCUUCUAGACCAGGCCCGAGAGUUGCAUCCUCAGUUUCUACCUUCUCCAGACUCUGGGUAUUCUCACUCAGGACUUUCCCCCACCCAAAUGGCCCCUCCUCAGCCUGAAGUAUGCCUGCGACAGAGUCCCACCUGUGGAGAGUCCUUGGGCGUUCGGAGUCUGUCCCACACCUCUCUCUCAGACCACGAGGGUGGGAGCUGUAGCUCCUCCAGCAGCAUGAGUGGCUCCGAAUCCUCCGAGUCUGCCAACGGGCGCAGGCUUCCCAUCUUCAGCCAGCUUUCAGUACCGGAUGACGCCGUCUACAAUGAAGGAAGCAACUCCAGCACAAGCUUUUUCUUGUAGACUGUCGCUCCUCGCGGGGACUGAACUGUAUACUGUGGUAUAUCUACUGUAAAAUAUGGCCGAUACUUGACAUUUUAGUUAAGCUCAGAGUGAAACAUACUGUUUAAAGGAACAUUCCAUCUUGCAAAUGGGCUCAACAGUUGAGUUUUGCCAUAUUUGAAUCAAUUCAGCCGAUUUUUAAGAUGUAUUGGGAGCACUUAGCUUUAGCUUGGCAUAAGUCAUUGAAUUGGAUUAGACCAUUAGCAUCUCUUCUGUAGUUACAUGGUGUACCAAGACGGAUGGAAAAAUAGCAAGUUUUCAUUUUUCUUCACCCUUAGUAAACAAUGUAACUACAGCGGAGUCUAGCUUUUAAAUGGAGAAAUUAUCUAAGCUAGCCAGAUGCUAAUGGUCUAAUCUGAUUGUGAUUUAUGCUAAGCUAAAAGUGCUCCAACCAAACGCAAAGAUUUGAAAUGGUAAAACUUAACUGUUUCACUCCUUGAGUUGUAAAUGAGCUUAUUUGCAAAACAAAUCGUGGAGUGUGCCUUUUUUAAGGUACUGAAUGUUAAAAUGAUUCUAUAAGUGGGGGUUUCGUGUGCUUUUAAGUGGAGCGGAGUUUUAUUUUUUGAAGACUGAAAAGACGAGUGGGGAAAAGAAUUGAUUCUACAACCUGCAACGUUCUGUUUGGUAACAUGAAGCUAUUGACUUUUAAGAUGCAUUUAGCAAUCAGCUAUUUACAAAAUUAUUGUACCGAAAUAGCCAAGAGAGGUUAUGACCAGGUCUUUUUCAAUAUUUGAGAUGUCUUGUACUCUUUCUAACUAGAGACCAAACUUUGUGCCGCCAAUACAAACUUUUUUUUUUUUUUUGGAUGUUUCUGGAGUUCGAUUUGACUUUAUAUUAAGUGAUGUUAGUCAGCAAUAUCUUUAAGUUCUUCUUGCUCCUUUUGAGAUCAGCGUUUAGUUUUUGUUCCCAGACCUACUUGCCUUAAGUUUCAGAGGAUCCCUGUGUAGGCCCUUUGGAAGUGCACAGUUAGAGCUUUGCUUAGAAUGAGUUGCAUGUGUCAUAGUUUUUUGUUUGUUUGUGUAG